AUGUCAGGUGAACAGAGGGAACCAAAAUCAAUAUCUGUGUCAGGUGAACAGAGGGAACCAAAAUCAAUAUCUGUGUCAGGUGAACAGAGGGAACCAAAAUCAAUAUCUGUGUCAGGUGAACAGAGGGAGCCAAAAUCAAUAUCUAUGUCAGGUGAACAGAGGGAACCAAAAUCAAUAUCUAUGUCAGGUGAACAGAGGGAACCAAAAUCAAUAUAUAUGUCAGGUGAACAGAGGGAACCAAAAUCAAUAUCUGUGUCAGGUGAACAGAGGGAACCAAGGUCAACGAAUGAAGGGAACAGAGGGAACCAAAAUCAAUAUCUGUGUAAGGUGAAAAGAGGGAACCAAGGUGAACAGAGGAAACCAAAAUCAAUAUCUGUGUCAGGUGAACAGAGGGAACCAAAAUCAAUAUCUGUGUCAGGUGAACAGAGGGAACCAAAAUCAAUAUCUGUGUCAGGUGAACAGAGGGAACCAAAAUCAAUGUCUUUGUCAGGUGAACAGAGGGAACCAAAAUCAAUAUCUGUGUUAGGUGAACAGAGGGAACCAAAAUCAAUAUCUGUGUCAGGUGAACAGAGGGAACCAAAAUCAAUAUCUGUGUCAGGUGAACAGAGGGAACCAAAAUCAACAUAUUUGUUAAAAUACCUGAGGUUACCAAGGUCAACGAAUGAGUAA